GACAUCAGCCUUGUUAUUACAUGGUAAUUCGUGGUAUCGCCCACCCCAACAAAGGGUCUUAGGAGGGGCUUAGCGUUUCUGUCUGCAUGCUCAGUCGACCCGGAAAUAAACAAACAGCAGCGGCGGCCGGGCUGACGGAUCCCGCGUCUGAUCCCCGAGCUCCGGCGGCCUUUCCUGCUCGGCUAUGCGGCGCUGUCUGCGCUAAGGCGUGCCCGUCUCGCUCGGAUCCCAAGGCCCGGUGCGCGCAGGCAGCAGGCGCUGCUCUUUAGGGAUGGCCAGCAAGCCGUUUUCCUUCCAGACGCGCCUCACCUCGGUGAUGGAGGUGAUGGCCAGGGCGGUCGUGCGGGAGGUCUGCGAGAUGGUAGACGGCGAUUUGGCGUGUUUACGUCUGGAGCUGGCGCGAGCCCUCAACGAGAAGACGGCUCUCAGCGUGAAAAUGCACGAGCUGGAGAGCGAGGUGGAAACCCUGCGCAACACAGGCGCGCGGAGCCCGGCCAAGAAGUACCGUUCAGUUUGCAUACAGACCCUGGAAGAGCUGGACGCGCCCUCCAUCAACGGGAUAUUUGGAAAAGAGUGGUGCUCCAGUCUGUGGGAUGGGAGAGAGCCAAGAGCAGAGGAGAAGGCAACAGAAGUGGAACCUGCUGUGCCUGAUGAGUCUGAACUCCAUGAUCACAGUAAAACACUGGCCAUCAAAGAGGAAAAUUCAGAGAAGGAAAUUUGUUCAAGCAAUACAACAGCGGCUGCGACACCUGGCAGAAGAAAUAACCCGUCCUCUCCAUCAGAGCCUAAUGAAGUUCAAGACUUGAGUCUUAUUGAUGAUGGUGAUGACGACAACCAGGACAGCGAGGACAUAUAUUUCAUAUCUGCAGGAUUUCUGGGGGCUCCUGAUGUCCACCCCAUGCCAUCUGGCUUUGAAAGAUCAGACUUUACAAAAAUUAUAUCCUCAGAUGGCACAGUUAAGCAUUUGAUACUGCCAAGUGAUGACCAGCUGGAAUUCGAUGAGCAUUGCAUGCCCAUUGAAUUUAUUGAGGGUGAGCGUCCAGAGGCACAGUCAUUUGGGGGACAGCAGGAGGACCUAUUCCUGGAAGCAGAAAACACGUCCAGCUUAGGUAGCGCUGAAAACUUGACUUACUUUGACAGAUUCGACCUGCAGGAAGAACCGGAGCGAGAGAUGGAGCUAGCAAAGACUCCGAAAUUUAGCUGCUUGGAGUGCGGCAAGACGUUCUUGCGGCAGAGUAGUCUUACUUUACACAAGAAGUGUCACCAGAGGCAUAAUUCACACACGUGCAAUUCUUGCAAGGUGGUUUUCCCUCAAAUGAACUUACUCAGAACCCACAAGUGUCUGCCCCCCGACAACCAAUCAAAAACGCUGAACCAAAAGUUUGGUUGCGAGCAGUGUGGAAAGCGCUUCCAUUCCAGAGCCAACCUCAGGGUUCAUUACGCAGUGCAUACGGGCGAGAGGCCGCACAGGUGCAGUUACUGCGGGAGAGGGUUCACCCAGAAAGGGAACUUGAACACCCACGAACGCAUUCACAGAGGAGAGAAGCCUUUCGUAUGUUUAACCUGUGGAAAACGAUUCACGCAGAAAGUGAACCUGAAUCACCACUUGGGCAUUCAUAGUGGAAUAAGACAGAGCAAAACGAGGAAGUCUGCUGAAAAAUCACAGUGCACAUGAACAUUAUUUCAUUUCAACUUAUGUCAGUUGGUUGUAUCAUCAUUGCACAGUAUAAAAAGUUACGGAAUGUGUGAACCUAGCAUUGAAUACAUGAUAUAAUACAACCCCAAUUCCAGUUAAGUUGGGAUGUUGUCUAAAACAUAAAUAAAACAGAAUACAAUGAUUUGCAAAUCCUUUUCAACCUAUAUUCAAUUGAACACACUAC